AUGAAGAAGAUUGAAUAUAUAACAUUAUUUUUAAUAUUAUUUUUAAACUAUUAUAUAGAAGUAAACUCUUGUCCAAAUGGUCCCAAACCAAUAAAGAUUAAUCAAAAUGAUCCAUUAUUACUAGAAACAUAUAAAAAAAUAGAUCAAUAUUUGGAUAAAAAUUUAAAGCUAAAUAAUAUUUCAAAUUUUAUAUCAACUAUUGUCUAUAUGGAUGAAAUUGUGUGGUCUAAAACAUAUGGGAAUAUUAAUCCAGUUGAUGAUCAUUCGCCACCUUUAACUUUGGAUACUAAUUUUAGAAUUGCUAGUUGCACCAAAAUGUUUACAUCCUUGAUGAUGAUGCAAUUCAGAGAUAAAGGAAAAAUAAAUUCAAUCGAUGAUGAAAUAAAGAAUUAUUUCCCAAAGUUUAAAAUCAAUGAUAUUCAUAAUAUGAAUGGAGAAAAAAGAGGAAUUACUUUUAGAGAGCUGGCAUCCCAUACAUCAGGUUUACCAAGAGAAACUCCAUGUGACCCAAAUUACUAUGGCACCACGAACUGCACAGAAGAUAUUAUUUUGGAUAGAUUAUCUAAGCAAUUCUUAUUAUCAAAUGAGUACAAGAGGGUUCACUAUUCAAAUGUAGGUUUUUCUUUAUUAGGAAGAACAUUGGGUGAAGUAUAUAAAAAAGCAAAUGACAAGCAUUAUGAACCAACAACGGAACAUCCACAAAUAUACUAUGAAAAAUAUGUAACAAAGGAAAUAUUAGCAAAGUUAAACAUGUCAAAUUCAACUUAUGAUCCAACCAAAUUAGACCAAAAUAAUAUAGCAAUAUCUUAUUAUAUAGAUAGUAAUGGUGAAAAGAAGUUGAUUCCAAAUACUUUAUCAGGAUGGAAUUCUCCCGGGGGCGGCUUGUAUUCUACUGCAAGAGAUAUGUGUAGUUUUAUGAAGUUCAUUUUAAAUGGGAAUCAAGAUAUUAUUCAAGAUUCAACUAGAAAUGAAUAUUUAACCUCAGUUUCAUUAUUGUCUAACGGUGUUCAAGCAUUCGGUAUCCCCUUUGAAAUGUUUUAUGGUAAUAGUACAGGCACAUGGUUUAAAGGCAAAAACGGGUUAAUUGGUGGAUAUCAUUCACAAUUAACAAUGGCUGCUGACUUAAAGCUGGGUAUUUUUUCAGUUUCAAUGAUAGAUACAAAUGGUGAUUUGUUCACCAGAGAAAUUUUAGAAAUGUUAAUACCAGUAUACGAAUCAUUAAUUAUAGAAGAGUUAGAAAAGAAACAUAUCCAACCUAUAAACGAGCACGAUUUGUUUGUUUAUAAAGUAAUAAUUGGGAAAUAUAAUAGUUCUUUUGGUGAAUCUUUCAUGGUAGAAUUUGAUGAUACUUUAAAUAUUCUCUUUGGUUAUUUCCAAGAUACUCCUAGUACUUUAUAUGCUAUUUCAAAUUUUGAUGAAGAUAACACCCAAUAUUCAUACAUCAAAAGAUUAAAUCUUUAUAAUUACCAAAAUGCAACAUGUUCAUCGAUGGUAUGCGGUCCAAAUGAAGAGUUAAUUUAUUUCAAUUUAAUAAAAGAUUCAAAUGGUUCAAUAAAAGACUGUGAUGGUUUGGAUAUAUUAGGUUUAUCUUUGAAAAAAGUUUAUUAA